AUGAUUGGAGAAGAAGUUUAUUUAUCAAUAUUAUCUAUUUUAAUACAAUUAAGAGAUCAAUUAUUAAAACCAAAUAAAUAUCCAUUAGGUUUUUCACUAAUUAUAGAAUUAUUAAUUAUUUUAGCUGAACAUCGUUCAGCUAAUCGACAUACAUUUUUAUUUCAACCUCCAGCUAGUGGCGCGCCAUCCUUAUCGUCACCAGUAUCUUCACCAUCAGCACAUUUAUCGAUCGAAACUUUACCACCAUUACCUAUAUCACUAAUGUCUUCACCAACACAAUAUUCACCAUCAGUAUCUUCACCAUCACAACGUUCAUCAUCAAUAUCUUUAUCACCAUUAUCAUUGUCGUCAGCAAUGGCAGUGCCUUUCACUGAAAAAAGUCCGAUUUUACCUAAUUUUGUGAGAUUAUCAUCGGAUUUUUCUGCACCAAGAUCCAAAUUAUUAUCGAUUGAAACUUUCCGAGUCACAAAUAAUCUGAUUUUAAAUCAAAAAUAA